UCGUGAUACACAACAAGAGUAGUAGUGGUGUUGCAAACAGAAGCUGAACUUGUACCUCGCAACGCAGGUGGAACACUGGGAACAAUGGAAACUGGAGAGUCUAUUUGCAAGCGAGACCGUGGAGGAGAUGGGGGUGGUGAGGAGGAACGCAGUCGUCUACGGCCAAGCACAGACAAAGAUGAGAGGGGGGUGCAUUGGGCAAGACUUUGGAGCGAAGGACAUGAGCGUCGGAGAGAUGAUGUUCUUUGCAUUGGAGCUGCAGGACAGGAAGCUGUAGCAGUAAAAACUGAAGUAGGGGGAAUUACAGUUAGGGAAACUGCUGUACUGAAAACUGCAGCAGUGGAAACCGCAGCAGUAGAAACUGCAGCAGCGGAAACUGGAGCAGUGGAGACUGGAGCAAUGGAAACUGCAGCAGUGGACACUGCAGCAGUAGAAACAGCAACAGUGGACACUGCAGCAGUGAAAAUUGCAGGAGUGGAGGCUCCAGCAGUGGAAACUGCAGGAGUGGAAACUGAAGGAGUGGAGACUGCAGGAGUGGAAACUGCAGGAGUGGAGACUGCAGCAGUGGAAACUGCGGUAGCGGCAGGACGAGAGCAUCGUGGGGGCGAAGAAGAAAUUGGAUGAGACAAGGACCAUCGCAACAUGAGUCGGAACCACUGAGAGAGACGCGUCACAUGUGUAGGAUAGCGACAUUGGCGGAAGCGC